AUGGCACUUUUCCAAUCGAUUAAGACCCCCGUGCUCACAUAUGAGCAACCUUUGGGACUAUUCAUCAACAAUGAAUUCAUCAAGGGUGUGGCCGGCAGAACCUUCGAGACAAUCAACCCUCACAACGAGAAGCCUAUUGUCGCCGUGCACGAAGGCGCAGAGGAAGAUGUCAACAUUGCCGUGAAAGCUGCUCGUACCGCACUGAAUGGAGAGUGGAAAACAAUUACGCCAUCCGAACGUGGUCGUCUCCUUCUUCGUCUUGCAGACUUCCUAGAACGCGACAUCGAAACAUUGGCCGCUAUUGAAGCACUUGAUAACGGCAAGUCAGUGACAAUGGCCAAAGGGGAUGUAAAUAACUCCGCAGGGUGCCUGCGGUACUAUGGUGGCUGGUCCGACAAGAUUUACGGCCAAACCAUCGACACUGAUAGCAACAGCUUGACCUACACGCGCCACGAGCCAGUGGGUGUCUGUGGCCAAAUUAUUCCAUGGAACUUCCCGCUCUUGAUGUUCGCUUGGAAAAUUGGCCCUGCUCUGGCCACCGGAAAUACAAUUGUUAUCAAGACAGCCGAGCAAACUCCCCUUUCAGCGCUCUAUGUCGCCAAGCUUAUCAAGGAAGCCGGAUUCCCCCCUGGAGUGGUCAAUGUUAUUUCAGGAUUCGGAAGAACUGCCGGUGCAGCAAUCGCCUCUCACAUGGAUAUUGACAAGGUUGCUUUCACUGGAUCGACUCUGGUCGGACGUCACAUCAUGAAGGCAGCAGCCGAUAGUAACUUGAAGAAAGUCACUCUCGAGCUCGGCGGCAAGUCGCCGAACAUCAUUCUCCCAGAUGCGAACUUGGAGGAUGCAAUCGAAUGGGUCAAUCUGGGUAUCUUCUUCAACCAUGGACAGUGCUGUUGUGCAGGCUCUCGCAUUCUUGUUCACGAAGACAUCUAUCACAAGUUCCUAGAGCUUUUCAAGAAGCGAACAGAGCAGAACAAGGUCGGAGAUCCGUUCCAUUCCGAGACCUUCCAGGGACCGCAAGUCUCGCAGCUCCAAUAUGACCGGAUCAUGGGUUAUAUUAAGGACGGAAAGGGUGCUGGCGCCACUGUUGUCACUGGUGGCGAUCGUCAUGGCAGCGAAGGAUACUACAUUCAACCCACAAUCUUUGCUGAUGUCGACGAGAACAUGACGAUUGUCAAAGAAGAGAUCUUUGGACCUGUGUGCACGGUGCAGAAAUUCUCCACCGAGGAGGAGGCUAUCAGAGUGGCCAAUUCCACAAACUACGGCUUGGCCGCAGCUGUCCACACCACAAACAUUAACACUGCCAUCAGAGUGUCCAACGCUGUCAAGGCUGGAACCGUCUGGGUUAACAACUACAACACCCUUCACUACCAAAUGCCAUUCGGUGGUUUCAAGGAGUCAGGUAUCGGCAGAGAGCUGGGAUCAUACGCCCUGGAGAACUACACGGAGGUGAAGACAGUCCGCGUUCACCUCCAAAAGUCGUGA